ACCACCAUGUCCUCCUUUGCCCUCCGUGCUGCUGCUCGUGCCGCUUCCCGUCGUGCGCCCCGCGCCGCGCUUCAGGCGACCAAGGCGUCGUACUCUGUCCUCUCCCGUAAUGCCGCCGCACGUUCUGCGGCGCCCUGUCCUGCUGUCAUGGCAACGCGCGGCGUGAAGACUCUCAAUUUUGCUGGCACGGAUGAGGUCGUCUACGAGCGCAGCGACUGGCCCCUCGCGAAGCUCCAGGACUACUUCAAGAACGACACCCUCGCGCUCAUUGGCUACGGCUCACAAGGCCACGGCCAGGGCCUCAACGCUCGCGACAACGGCCUGAACGUCAUUGUCGGUGUUCGUGAGAAUGGCGAGUCGUGGAAGCAGGCGAUCGAGGACGGCUGGGUGCCGGGCAAGACGCUCUUCCCCAUUGAGGAGGCGAUCAACCGCGGGACGAUCAUCAUGAACCUCCUUUCGGACGCCGCUCAGUCCCAGACGUGGCCCAAGAUUGCACCCCUCAUCACUAAGGGCAAGACCCUCUACUUCUCACACGGUUUCUCGGUCGUGUACAAGGACGACACCAAAGUCGUGCCUCCCCCCGACGUCGAUGUCAUCCUCGUCGCGCCCAAGGGCUCUGGCCGCACCGUCCGCACUCUUUUCAAGGAGGGUCGUGGUAUCAACUCCUCUGUUGCUGUCUGGCAGGAUGUGACUGGCAAGGCCAAGGAGAAGGCUGUUGCUCUUGGUGUUGGUAUCGGCUCCGGCUACCUCUACGAUACGACGUUUGAGAAGGAGGUGUACUCCGACCUCUACGGCGAGCGUGGUGUUUUGAUGGGUGCUAUCCAGGGUCUUUUCUUGGCUCAGUACAAGGUUCUCCGCCAGAACGGUCACAGCCCGUCGGAAGCGUUCAACGAGACUGUCGAGGAGGCUACCCAGUCCCUCUACCCCCUCAUCGGCCAGUACGGUAUGGACUACAUGUACAACGCGUGCUCCACGACUGCGCGCCGUGGUGCGCUGGACUGGGCGAAGGAGUUCGAGAAGGUCAAUCUGCCUGUCUUCGAGCGUCUCUACGAGAGCGUGAAGAACGGUACGGAGACCCGUCGCAGCUUGGAGUUCAAUGGCCGCUCGACCUACCGCGAGGACCUGGCUAAGGAGCUCAAGGAGAUCGACGAACAGGAGAUCUGGCGGGCUGGCAAGGUCGUCCGCUCACUCCGCCCGGACAGGCAAUCAUAGAAGUUUGGCUGGUUCUUUGCCGUGCCGAGCAUACUUCAUACCUAAAAGCACUCCUGGGGUGCACCGUUGGUUUAGUGCUGUUUUACGAGUACCUGACAAUUGACGCCAUGCGGACCGACCAUUCCGUUCUGAGUGCGAGCAAGAAGCGCGUAGUCUGCGAUCGAACGCUUGAAGGUUUACUAGUUUUCAUGUUACGUCGAUUCUAGGUCCUCUCGGCAGAAGGACACUGAUUGUGUAUACGCUCACUCUGGCUUAUGUUAGCGUGAUACC